CUUGGAUCAUGAAACACUCGUCGACUUGUGAAAUAAUACAGGGUCAGUCAGAUACCAGGUUGUCACUCCGGCAAAGAUAACCCAUGAACGCAAAACCGUUGUGGCCUCCAGGUCACACACUCAGACUCCUUCAGAAAGUACAGAGGCAUGAGUCUCUUGUGGAACUCGUGUACACGUCCCAUGAACGUUGGCCUUUCCCUCGACUUCCCACUCACCCACAACGUAGACUCGACACCAUUCGUAUAUCUAUCUUGGACUCUUCUUUCAAUCCGCCGACAUGCGCCCAUCUUGCUCUGGCAAACUCCCGACCUCCACGGUAUACCGUGAAGUCCGGCUUCACAGGCUUGCCUUUGGCAUCAGCAGCUGAGCUCGAUUAUGAUGCAAAGUUGCUGCUGCUAUCCGUGCGGAACGCCGACAAAGCACUGAAAUCCGGUGAUGCAACAUAUGAGCAGCGCCUGGAGAUGAUGUACCUCUUAUCAAAGGACAUGUCAGCAUCUGUCUCGAAAUCUGAGUCUGCGCAUGCCAACGUCGCAAUAGCCAUCGUCGAUGAACCAACUUUUGUCGGAAAAGCCGUACUUCUUCGGCAGUUCCUGCACGCGCGGAUCUUGAGCAUGUAUCCUCCGGCAACUGCUCUGGACAGGAUGGCAAUAUCACCCGCUUCUGACGAAAUAUCAAUACCCAAUCCACGCCUAGUAUUCCUGCUAGGCUUUGACACUCUCAUCCGCCUGCUGUCUCCGAGAUAUUAUGCAUCUGAAGUUGCAAUGAUGGAUGCUCUUCGUUUGUUUUUCUCGCCUGCGGGAGAUGAUUGUUAUGUGGUGUGUGCUCGGCGAAAAUUGGUAGAAAUGGAACACAUGGUACAAGAGGAAGUAGAAGCGAAGACUUUAUCCGUGGCAAAGGAAUUCGUGGAGAGCGAGCGAGUGGCGUUGAUCAGUCUAGGCACUGACAGUGUUGACGAGCAAACCAGCUCAAGCCAGGUGAGAACAAAGGUCGCACUCAAGGACGAGACAUGGAGGAGACUCGUUACCCCAUCUAUCGCCGACUAUAUCAUUCAGAAUAGCUUGUACGCUUCUUGAUGCUACC